AUGUCAGCACCGCAACAACAGCAACGUAUUCUCUCAAACCGAGAAGCCGAUACCUUGAUGAAGCAACAGAAAGCUAAAGCACUAAAAGAAUGCAAAGCGCAAAUGGAAGCUUUUGUCGAAUGCUCCAAGCCUCGCACAAUCUCGAUGCUCUGGUCGUGUAGAGAUCAGAAGAAUGCGCUGAGCGAGUGCUUAAGAGUGUAUACGAGCGAGGAAGCGUUGGAGAAGGAGAAACAGCUUUUUUUGCAACAGGCAAGAAGCGGAGAUGGAGAGAAGACCGUAUGA